AUGCUGUAGAUCAUUUCAUUGUAAGUAUUUUUCUGAACUUAAAUAGAAAAACUAAAAAUAGCAAUAAAGUAAUGAUCUGUAAUUUGUAUACUUAACAAAAGGAAGAAAUUAAGGCUAAAAUGAUAUUCAAAAUUUCAAUUAUGGGUUAAUUUGAAAUCACUGCUAGAAUUAAAAGAAUCUUGUAAAGAAAAAUGAAAGCAUGCCGAAUGAUAUUUUUCUAAUUCUAUAGGAUUGGUUAAAAUAUUGUGAGAAAAGGUUUAUCUCUAAUUUUACAAAAGAUUCAUUAAUUCCAGAUUCCUUGUACAAUGGAGAUAGAAGAAACAACUUGGUCUAUCAUAACAAAUCGAUUUGCCCAAUAAAUUAGGAUGAUCCUAUUGAACUCUAAUUUCUUCAAAGGUUUAAAUUUUUAUUUUAUGUUAGAGAUAAAAAGCAAAUAAAUUUAUCCAGAAAUUAACUAAAUAUAGAAAAAAAUGAAUCAAAUAUUGAACAAUGAGGGAUUCUUCGAAAACAUAAAUAUGUGUUUUUCAAAUUAAUUGAAAAUCUGCACUUUCAUGCUCUUAGAACAUGUUAACAAUUGA